UUUCAGUUGCCAGGUGGGGGUGUGGACAUGACGUUGAGCGAGCUCCAGGAGAUGGCAGCUCGGCAACAGCAGCAGAUAGAAUCACAGCAGCAGGUUCUCGUUGCUAAGGAACAGCGACUCAAGUACCUCAAACAACAGGAGCAGAAGCAGCAGCAACUUGCGUCAGAGAACGAGCGUCUACGUAAACUACGAGACAAAGUGGAGGCUCAGGAAUCGAAACUGAAGAAGCUGCGGGCCCUUAGGGGCCAGGUGGAGCAACAGAGGGCAAGCAAUGGCAACCUCAACUAUGAGUUGGAGUCCAUUAAAGCACUCUUUAACGAGAAGGAGAAGGAGCUUGCCCUGGCAGUCACCAAGGUGGAAGAGAUGACUAGACAACUCGAGGAGAUCCGCAGUGGACGCGUCAAGUCAAGCACUAAUACUCAGAGUCCUGCAGCGUUGGCUGAACUCGAGAAGUUGAAGAAAGAGCUUGUGUUUAAGAACAAGCAGAAUGAGCAGCAGAAUGCCAAGAUGGCGUCCAACCGGGAGCUGCUGGCCAAACGUAAGGAUGAGCUGGCGAGAAUGGACAACAGGAUCCAGGAACUGCAGAUGAGGCUCAAGAAGAAAAGGGCCAUGAACACAGACAUGGCAGAGAAGAGCAAGAAUCAGCUGAACCGACCCAAUCUGAACAAUCAGCUGAACAAUCGUAGGCCCAAUGUUGCGGCCGUGGAGCCCUAUAUUCAGGAACCUCCAGCAAAUAUCAACGCUGUCAACCCUGGUUUUGGGAAACAGGAUCCCAAGUAUCAGUCUCUGCCGCCGAGCUCAAAGUUCUUGUACCCGGAGAAAGUGGGUCGCCAGAGGGAAAAUGAUAAUAUUGUUGGUGACUAUAAGUACGAAAUGGACAAGUCUGAGGAUUAUAAAAUCCCUCUGGUGGUUACAGUCGACAGUGCUAACAAACCCAUUCCAAAUGGCCUUCCAUCCCCUAAACAAAGUCCAGUUAGCGUUCCCUCUAGCAGUCAGCCAUUUCCCCUCUAUUCUGGGAACGCUAAUGGCACACAGCAACCAUCAAUUGUUCCAAAUAAUUUAACAUUUAAUAGUGUGAAGUUUGGUUCUGCUGGCCCACAGCGAUCAGGGGUGUCACACUUCACUCCGAAACCUUUCGGCAGCACCUAUAGUACAUCAGUGUUACCGAACCGGAAUAAUAAUGGUGGGGGCAUUCCGAUCGACCAUUCACAGCUGGAGCUUCAGCCUGAACUGCGGCAGUCUGGGAGUGGACAGAGCUCGCCUGGUUCUGUUGAGAGUGUCAAUGGAGGACUGGGACCUGUGACUUCGAAGUCUUUACCAUCAUACCCCCAACGAGAUAUGCAAGCGAUUGGUAAAGUGCAACAGAAAGACAAUACACAGGCAAAUAAAGUACAAGUUGCAGGAGAUAGUAGCAUGCUAAUUACUAAAAAUCUACCAAAAGACCAAAAUAGAACACUUCCUCCACCUAUUCCCAAUAGACAACAAAAUGUGCCAAAUAGUAACUCAGUACAGCCAGUAAAUAACUCACGUCUACAGCCUCCAUCGCCAGACAGUGUUAGUGCUAAAAACUCACCAGAAAAUAAUAGUGAUAGUGAACAAGCGACAAUGUCUGUUUCAAAGGGAAUACAAAAGUUUACCGGACUUAUUGCUAAAAAUCAAACUGAUGGACCAAAACCACAUGGCGGGUUUUCAAACUUAAAUCAUGCCUCGGCAUUGGGGGCAGUGAAACCACAAACUUACAGGUAUGCAUCUAAAAAAGAUAUAGCAAACACUUAUUUAGGUACUUUUAAUAAUGCAGCUCUUGAGAAGUAUCAGCAACAAGUGAAAACCAUGCAUGAAAACCUCAACAUUGGGAGUAGCACUACCCCAUCAGAGUCAAAUCUACCAUCAAACCAGGCUGAGAAGUUGAAAGAAGAGGAGAAGGAUUCACUUUCGCCACUUUCGAAUCACUCCUCUCCUUUGUCAUCAACCUCCACCCCAUCUCCUGCCAGCCCUCCCAGCUAUCCUUUCGACUUCUCCACAUCUCCCCCACAUGCUGACAUUGCGUCAGACAAAGUCAGUUUCAAGCCAAACACUCCUAAGAAUGUCCGUCGCAGGCAUUCUGAUUCGGAUAAUGAGGAGAUUGGCAAGGCUUUACACAAGUAUGGAAUAAAUACCAGCCCAGCAAAGCCAUUGCCUGUGCAGGAAAACCUUUCUAGGGAGCUGGAUAAUGCUAAAGGUGUUGUAGAAAUACAGCAGACAACAUUUGAUAACAAUAUCCCACAGACUGUUCUCCUUGACAACAAGGGGAACAUAGUUGAAGUGGUUGAUUCUGAGAAAGACAACACAAAAGCUUCUACUGAAGACAAAGCUGAUACAGUUGAAACUGUACCUGAGGUGAAAUCAAAUGAUCCCCCGAUUAAGAAGAAGACCAAUCUAAAAUCUUCUAGUUCCAAGAAUUCUGGAAAUCGAGUGACCUUUGACCCUCUGGCAUUGUUACUGGAUGCAUCGCUAGAAGGGGAGCUUGAUCUGGUCAGAAGAUGUGCUUAUCAGGUUGAGAAUGUUAGCACGCCAAAUGACGAGGGAAUCACUGCCCUACACAACGCCAUUUGUGCUGGCCAUUAUGAAAUAGUGACCUUCUUGGUGGAGUUUGGCUGUGAUGUCAACUCACCGGACAGUGAUGGAUGGACGCCGUUACACUGUGCGGCCUCAUGUAACAACCUCCCGAUGGUGAAGUUCCUUGUUGAACAUGGAGCGUGCAUCUUUGCCACCACAAUCAGCGACCAGGAAACAGCAGCAGAGAAAUGUGAGGAGGAGGAGGACGGCUUUGAUGGCUGCUCAGAAUACCUCUACAGUAUUCAGGAGAAGCUGGGCAUCAUCAACAAUGGUGCGGUGUUCGCAGUGUUUGACUACAGCAAGGAUAACACAGAUGAGCUGGAUCUUGCGAUCGGGGACAAGUUUACAGUUCUCAAGAAAGGGGACGAGCAUGAGAAGGACUGGUGGUGGGCCCGCAAAGACGCGCAGGAGCUGUAUGGAUACAUACCCAAGAACUUGCUGGGGCUCACACCAAGGGUAAUUCCCAAGGAGCAGCCAAAUGGUGAUGUCUGAAGUAUUUAGGCCACUUCAGUCCAAUGUCCAUUCACAGCGUUGACCAUAUGCAACAAAGCAAGCCAGUCUUUCCUAUCAACGAACAAUAUUUCAUAUGUACAUGAUAUUUCUGCAGUCUAUGCAUGCUUGAAAAAAUUAAAGCAGUUAUCACGUUGAUUUGUGUCUGUCCACCCAUGUGCAUUAUGAUGCAAUACUGAUAUGCAACACUUUCACUAGCAAAACUAUUCAGUGCUGUAUUUCAUGUCACUUUCUCUCUGCUGUUGAGCUAGGGGUUUAUGUACACACAGGAAUAAUGAAAUAAUGUGAAUAAUUACUGUAUGAAGACGACUUAAAUGUUACUUUGCUUUCGAUAAAAUUUCAAACUGAAGAUGUCUGAUUAAGUAAAAAUUAUCAUUAUGAUUUUUGUCUUUAAAUAAUCAUGCAAUAAAAACAUUUGAAAGCAUAAUUAUUUGAAGGGAUGAAUAUUUUAAUUUUUAUUUGCAUACUAAAGGAGGGGAAAACUUUUGUUUUGAAUCAGGCAUCAUAUGCAAUUCAAAUAUUUUCAGAUAGAUAUAGCUUUCAGUGAUAUAGCCAUUCAUAAAUGUUUGAAACAUAUAAUUUUUUUGUCUGUACAGUAUAAAACGCUAAUGGAAAAACAGAGGCUAUGCAUUUAUAAUUUAUUUAGAAAGGGAAGUUACUCUUACAGUACAACUGGAUUCAUGCAUUCAGUAUUAUGUGCUAAUUAUUUGUACCAUUUUGUACAUUGAUGAAAACAUAUUUUGAAAAAAUCAUAUUUAUUAGUAGAUAGAAGAUGUGUAUUGUUAUGAUAUCAUUCAUGCAUUUAUCCUUUUUGAUUUGGAAUUGAAUUUUAUUUUUAAGAUUUUUCAUUGUAAACAUUUAUAUUUUUUAUUAAUGUUUUGUAAGCUAAAGUAUUGUAAUGCAUUAUUUUUUUAUGAAUAUUUAUCAUUUAAAAAGUUGUGGUUUGUUUUCAUGAAUUUGUAUAAUUUUUCUAUUAAAAACCUGGCUUUAUUCUGAUGUAUUAUUUCAUUUUACUUUGAAUGUUUUUCAUUUGAAGAUAUUAUUACACAAAACAUUCAUGAAUUGAACUUAUGCAUACAAAAAUACGUUCUGUAAUUUCAAUUAUUUGAAAUAAUCUUGUUAACAAUGGCUAUUUUACCUUGUCAGAUUUGAUUUUUGAAAGCGAUUUUGUAAAACAAAAAUAAAUUGAAUAAAAAAUUAUCAGCAUUGUGUC